CACGUGAGUUCUCGAAUGUGGCAUAAAUUCCUAAGUGGCGUGACGUCACCGAGUGGGCUUCCCGGCCAAGAUGGCUGACGGCAUCCCGUUAGAUCCGAUGCGGAAGAGCUCGAGGAGGAGCCCCUACAACUACUACUCCGUCAGACACUCGAGAUUCUCCGUCGACGAUGAGCCGUCGAGCCUGGACGAGAUGCCCCUGAUGAUGUCCGACGAGGCCUUCGAGAACGACGAAAGCGACUACCAAACGCUGCCCCGGGCCAGAGUCGACCGCAGACAGCGAGGCCUUGGCUGGUUCCUGCUCGGCGGCUGGAGAGUCCUCUGUGGAAGCUGCUGCGAUUGCCUGGUCCGGAUGUGUCGCCGCAAGAAGGAGCUGAAGGCCCGCACCGUGUGGCUCGGCCGGCCGGAGAAGUGCGACGACAAGUUCCCCAAAAACUCCAUCCGCAACCAGAAGUACAACGUCUUCACCUUUGUGCCAGGGGUUCUUUACCAGCAGUUCAAGUUCUUCCUCAAUCUCUACUUCCUGGUGGUGGCCUGCUCGCAGUUUGUGCCCUCGCUGAAGAUCGGAUACUUGUACACGUACUGGGCGCCUCUGGGUUUCGUGCUGGCCGUCACGAUGGUGCGCGAGGCCGUGGACGAGGUGCGGCGCCACCAGCGGGACAAAGAGAUGAACUCGCAGCUGUAUAGCAAGCUGACGCUGCGCGGUAAAAUCCAGGUGAAGAGCUCGGACAUCCAAGUGGGAGACCUGAUUAUCGUAGAGAAGAACCAAAGGAUCCCCGCAGACAUGAUAUUCCUGAGGACGUCGGAGAGGAACGGGGCGUGCUUCAUCAGGACCGACCAGCUGGACGGAGAGACGGACUGGAAGCUGAAAGUGGCCGUGGGGUGCACGCAGCAGCUUCCGGCACUGGGGGACCUCUUCUCCAUCAGCGCCUUCGUCUACGCCCAGAAGCCCCAGCUGGACAUCCACAGCUUUGAGGGAAACUUCACACGGGACGACGCAGACCCCCAGGUCCACGAGAGCCUGAGCAUCGAAAACACGCUGUGGGCCAGCACGGUCGUCGCCUCGGGCAGCGUGAUCGGGGUGGUGAUCUACACCGGCAAGGAGACCCGCAGCGUUCUCAACACGUCGUAUGCCAAAAACAAGGUGGGCCUAUUGGACCUGGAGCUGAACCGGCUUACCAAGGCCCUGUUCUUGGCCCAGUUGGUUCUGGCCAUCGUCAUGGAAGCGCUGCAUGGCUUUGUGGGUCUGUGGUUCCGCAAUGUCUUCCGCUUUGUGGUGCUCUUCUCCUACAUCAUCCCCAUUAGCCUGCGGGUCAAUCUAGAUAUGGGCAAGGCGGCCUACGGCUGGAUGAUCAUGAAGGACGAGAACAUUCCCGGCACGGUGGUGAGGACCAGCACCAUCCCGGAAGAGCUGGGCCGGCUGGUCUACCUGCUGACGGACAAAACAGGCACUUUGACACAAAACGAGAUGAUCUUCAAGCGGCUGCACCUGGGUACCGUGUCUUACGGCACCGACACCAUGGAUGAGAUCCAGAGCCAUAUCAUCCAGUCCUAUGCUCAGACCUGUCAGGGCUCCUCCAGCGGCAGCACCGGCGGCUCCUCCACGGCGUCCCAGAAAUCCCAGACCCCGGGCCCCAAGGUUCGCAAGAGUGUCAGCAGCCGCAUCCACGAGGCGGUGAAAGCCAUCGCCCUGUGCCACAACGUCACGCCCGUCUACGAGUCGUGCGGAGAGACCGAGACGGCGGAGGCCGACCAGGACUUCAGCGACGACAACCGCACCUACCAGGCCUCCAGUCCCGACGAGGUGGCGCUGGUGCGUUGGACGGAGAGCGUGGGCCUCACCCUGGUCAACCGAGACCUGGCCUCCCUGCAGCUGAAGACGCCCGCCGGGCAGAUCCUGUCCUUCAACAUCCUGCAGAUGUUUCCCUUCACCUCGGAGAGCAAGCGCAUGGGCAUCAUCGUCCGGGAGGAGACAACGGGAAACAUCACCUUCUACAUGAAGGGCGCCGACGUGGCCAUGGCGACCAUCGUCCAGUACAACGACUGGCUGGAAGAGGAGUGUGGCAACAUGGCCAGAGAAGGUCUGAGAACGCUGGUGGUGGCCAAGAAGUCUCUGUCUGAGGAGCAGUACCAGGAGUUUGAGAGCCGCUACAACCAGGCCAAGCUGAGCAUCCACGACCGCUCCCUGAAGGUGGCGGCGGUGGUGGAGAGCCUGGAGCGGGAGUUGGAGCUCCUCUGCCUGACCGGCGUGGAGGACCAGCUGCAGGCCGACGUCAGGCCCACGCUGGAGCUGCUCAGGAAUGCUGGCAUCAAGAUCUGGAUGUUGACCGGGGACAAGCUGGAAACGGCCACAUGCAUCGCCAAAAGCUCUCAUUUGGUCUCCAGAAACCAGGACAUUCAUGUUUUCCGACCGGUGACAAACCGAGGGGAGGCCCACCUGGAGCUCAACGCCUUCCGCAGGAAGCACGACUGCGCCCUGGUCAUCUCGGGCGACUCCCUGGAGGUGUGCCUGCGCUACUACGAGCACGAGUUUGUAGAGCUGGCGUGCCAGUGUCCCGCCGUGGUGUGCUGCCGCUGCUCGCCCACGCAGAAGGCCCAGAUCGUCACGCUGCUCCGGCAGCACACCGCCAACAGGACCUGCGCCAUCGGCGACGGUGGAAAUGAUGUUAGCAUGAUCCAGGCGGCAGACUGCGGUAUUGGAAUAGAAGGAAAGGAAGGCAAGCAGGCGUCGCUGGCGGCCGACUUCUCCAUCACGCAGUUCAAGCACAUCGGCCGCCUCCUCGUGGUGCACGGCAGGAACAGCUACAAGCGCUCGGCGGCCCUGGGCCAGUUUGUCAUGCACCGCGGCAUGAUCAUCUCGGCCAUGCAGGCUGUCUUCUCGUCCAUGUUCUACUUCGCUUCUGUUCCCUUGUACCAAGGGUUCCUCAUGGUCGGUUACGCCACCAUCUACACCAUGUUCCCGGUGUUCUCCUUGGUCCUGGACCAGGACGUGAAGCCGGAGAUGGCGCUUCUCUACCCGGAGCUCUACAAGGACCUGACCAAGGGCCGUUCGCUGUCCUUUAAGACCUUCCUGGUGUGGGUUUUGGUCAGCGUGUAUCAAGGGGGCAUCCUGAUGUACGGGGCGCUGUUGCUGUUCGAGUUGGAGUUCGUGCACGUGGUGGCCAUCUCGUUCACGGCGCUCAUCCUGACCGAGCUCCUGAUGGUGGCGCUGACGGUGCGCACGUGGCACUGGCUGAUGGUGCUGGCCGAGUUCCUCAGCCUGAGCUGCUACCUGGCCUCGCUCGCCUUCCUCAACGAGUACUUCGGCAUCGGCAGGGUGUCCUUUGGAGCUUUCCUUGCAACAACUUAUUGUGGAGCAAAUGGACGUUUUGCGGGUGCGGUACUACUACUUCUGUCCUCUAGCAGGCAGUCAAAGCUCGCGAACUUGGCCUUCAUCACCACGUGGCCUUUCGUAUGGAAGGUGUCGUCCAUCACGCUGGUCAGCUGCCUGCCGCUUUACAUCAUCAAGUACCUGAAGCGGAAGUUCUCCCCGUCCAGCUACUCCAAACUGGCCUCCUGAGACCCACACGGACGCCAUCUUGUCACCAUCUCUUACGCACUUUUGCAACCGCCGCUACUCCUCGCUGCUGGAUGUGGAGGUCAGUGACCCACUGGAGCAAUCAGACACUUUUUUUGCUUUUGGUUUUUGUGCUUUUUAAUUGACAUAUCGGAGAGUUUUUGGGAUGACUUGAACGGAACGAGCACGAAAAGUGGGGGGGAAAAAAGGAUCUUGUCACACAUCAAAAUGGCCGCCGAGAGGGAGCACGCGCUUCAAUUCGAAGCUCAAGUGUUAUUUUUAUACUUCUUUUUAUACACAUUUUUUAAGUGUUAUUUUUACUCCAAGUGCAAUCAUUGUCGUCCGGAAUGAGUUUUAUCAUUCCCGGCAUCCCCGUUUGCAUCUGUGCUGGCACAUAUCGUUCUUUAAUGUUUAACAAAUGUUCCAGGUGAUAUGUUGUAAAAGAUAAACGGAUAGUCGUCGUUGUUAUGUUGAAAGACUUUCCCCAAAGUUCAUUCCUGUGUUGACGUGGCAGAAUCUUGUGCUCUGGUCAAAUGAUGUGCUUUAUUUUUUAUUUUUAUUUUUUAAAAGAAAUGUCCCGCACUGCAAGUUUAAGCCGUCUUGGUGCUAAUUAUGCUUUUUCUUUUUCCAUGCAAAAUAAAUAAAAAUCCAAGUAUUGAAAUUA